GUGUUGGCUUUGUGAGGGAAACUUUGGGCCCCCUUCGCGUCUCCCUCCCGCACCGUUUCUCAAAACCCAGUCGAAAGGGGAAGAACCCUCCCCCCCCCAAAUAAACAAAAGACGCCGAGCGGCGAACGAGAAACACAAAAUUGUCGCCAGCGUCUUCAAAAGAAAGAGAGAAGCUGUUCAAAGAGCGAGAGGGGAAGGCUCUUGGAAAAGCCCCUCCAGAGAGAGAGGGGGGGCGGUGUGUGACGUCACAUCCCCUUGACCCUCCAAUCACCUCGGGGUCCCAUUUGAUUGGAAGGCGGCAAAGGCUUUAAUCUCCGACUAAUUCCGCCGCGUUUGAAGUGCGGGGCUCGGCCAGAUCCGAGGCGGGCGGGCUGGGCAGCGCCUCUCCUUCGCAGCAGCAGCUCGAGCAGCAGCAGGAGCCAGGCGGGAGGCGGAGGCGGAGGGCGACCGAGGCGAAAGGAAGGCUGGGAAGUCGGGACUCAGGAGCCCCAGGAUUAUUACGCCCCAGAGCCUCUUCCUCCAGCUGCCCCCAGGACCUUGGUUGUUCCCCUUCACCUUGGAGGAAGGAGGGGAGAGUUUAUUCCCUCUCUUUUUCUGGAGGGGAGGGUCUCCUUAAACCUCUCAAGAUUCCGUCUCUUCUGACCGGCAGCCCCCCUCGCCGCCCCUUUUCAUGCCAGGCUUUGGGUCAUGAUUACAUCCCCCUUGCUUUCUGCCGUAAGAAGUAAUCAGCACGGAGGAGGAGGAGGAGGAGGAGGAGGAAGUAGUGGAGGAGGAGGCGCAAGAGAGAUCGGAAGCAGCAGCAGCAGCAGCACAAGCAGCAGCAGCACCAACCUCGGCUCCGAUCUGCUGUGGCCGAGCGGGGACCCUGCCCUCCUCCGCCUGAGCAGCCUCAGCAGCAGCAGCAGCAACAGCCUCAGCGGCGGCGGCUCCAGGGCCCAGCCUUUCUUCCACUCGGUGCCCCCCUCGGACCCUUCGCGCCAGGCCAAGCGCCUUCCCAUCAAGAUCUUGAAAAUGCUCACGGCCCGGACGGGACACAUUCUCCACCCCGAAUACCUCCAACCCUUGCCUUCCACGCCCGUCAGCCCCAUCGAGCUGGACGCCAAGAAGAGUCCGCUGGCGCUGCUGGCUCAGACGUGCUCCCAGAUCGGGAAGCCGGACCCCUCGCCCUCCUCCAAGCUCUCCUCGGUCACCUCCAGCGGAGGCAGCGGAGGCAACAGCGAGAAGGACUCCUCCAAGUCGGGCCCGCUGAAGCUGAGCGACAUCGGCGUGGAGGACAAGUCCAGCUUCAAGCCUUACUCCAAGCCCGGGGCGGAGAAGAAGGAGAGCUCGGGGGGCUCGGGGGCAGCCUCGGGGGCCGGAGGAGGAGGAGGCGGAGGCGGCGGCGGCGGAGGAGGCUCGGGCGGCGGCGGGGGCGAGAAGUCGGGCUUUCGGGUGCCGAGCGCCACCUGCCAGCCGUUCACGCCAAGGACAGGCAGCCCGGGCUCUUCGGCCUGCUCGCCCGGCUUGCUCUCCGGAGGGGACAAGGCCGUCGCCGGUGAAGGGGACAAGAAGGAGGCCUGCUCCGACGGGGGCUGCGGGAAGGGCGGCUCGGAGCCCUCGAUCCUCGGGGGCCGCUUAGCUUCGGCUUGCAGCAGCAGCAGCGGCAGCGGAGGGAUUACGGCGGAACUGGGCCACGAGGCCAAGGGACUUCUGACCGGGUGCCCAUCCUCUUCCUCCUCUUCUUCGUCCUCCUCGUCGGUGUCGUCGGAGUCCUCCUGCCCGACGGUACCUUCCUCGGCGGCCUCGGUGCUGAGCUCGGGCCUGGUGGCGCCGGUCUCCCCGUACAAGCCGGGCCAGACGGUCUUCCCGCUGCCGCCGGCGGGGAUGAGCUACCCGGGGGCUUACGGGGGCUAUCCGCCCCAGUUCCUUCCCCACGGGGUGGCCCUGGACCCCUCCAAAGCCGGCGGCGGCAAAGGCGGGGCGGGCUCCAGCCCUUUAGCGGGGGCCUCCCCUCCUUCGGUGGUGACGGCCAGCCUCUGCCGCGACCCCUACUGCCUCAGCUACCACUGCGCCAGCCACCUGGCCGCCGCCGCCGCCUGCGCCCACGACCAGGCCAUGAAGGCCGGCUACCCGCUGGUCUACUCGAGCCCCCCGACGGCCACCCUCCACGCCGGCGUCCACCACCCGUCCUCCUUGGCCGGCGCUACCCCGCCCUCCUUAGCCGGGCACCCCCUCUACCCCUACGGCUUCCUCCUCCCCAACGAUCCCCAGCCCCACAUCUGCAACUGGGUGUCGGCCAACGGACCCUGCGACAAGCGCUUCGCCACCUCCGAGGAGCUCCUGGGACACUUGCGGACUCACACCGCCUUCACCGGGACGGACAAGAUGCUCUCCACGGGGGGAUACCCGGGAUCCAGCUCCUUGGCGGCCGCGGCGGCUGCAGCAGCGAUGGCAUGCCACAUGCACCUGCCUUCUUCCUCGACGGCGGCCGGGGGACCCGGCAGCCCCGGUCCCCUGACCCUCCGCAGCCCCCAUCACGCCCUGGGACUCAGCAGCCGCUACCAUCCGUACUCCAAGAGCCCCCUUCCUACUCCGGGAGCCCCGGUCCCGGUCCCCGCCGCCGCCUCCGGACCCUAUUACUCCCCUUACGCUUUCUACGGCCAGAGACUGACGACAGCCUCCGCCCUGGGAUACCAGUGAGUCCGGCCUCCCCAGGGCUGCCUUGCUUUGCCUCUUUUUUAUUAUUAUUAUUAUUGUUGUUGUUAUUAUUCCUUCAAGGGGGGACACAUACACACAAACACACAAAGAUAGAGACCCUAAAACAAGCGGGCUGCUUUUUUUUUGUUUCGGGCAGCCAAGAAAAAAAAAACAAACCCAAGCAGCGACGCUUCUCCGACUUUUCCUAAAAUUAGGUUUUUUUUGUUUGUUUCGUUGAUUGGUUUCUAUAUAAAUAUAUAUAUAUAUAUAUGUAUAAAUAUAUAUAUAACAAAGAGAAGUGUUCAUCUCGAGGACUGGAUCCGUGGGCACUGUAUUUAUUUAUGCAAAGCGGGGAAGACGACGGUGGCACCCGCUUUAAACCGACAGACAAAAAAAGAAGUGCAUUACUUAAAACACAACACAAAACAAACUUCAGCUCCUUAACCUUCAAGGAGAAAGACAGAGAGACAGAGAGGGGAAAAGGGGGAGGGGGUAAAAAUGAACAGUGGAAAACACCCGUUGUAGAAAUAUAAAUAUAAAUAAAUAAAAAGGAAAAAGGAACAAAAGAAACAUUUUUUAUUAUUAUUACAGAGGUCUUCUCUUUCCUGGGACUUUUAUCCAACCGCUACGAUUGUAUAUUGUACGUUCUUGAUUUAAUGUCUCAUCGGGGGCGGGUUUGGGAAGAAAAACACCCCUCAAUGCAUGUGUUUUGUUGUUUGUUUGUUUGACAACAAAACAAAAACAAAGCGGAAACACCACCACCACCACCACCACCACUUCUUCACUGGACUCGGGAUUUCCAACUGCGAUUGUUAUUAUUUUAUUUCUUUGCAGACCAAAAAGUUGGUGUGUUUUUUUUUGGGUAUGUCUCCUGGAAGAAGAAGAAAAGGACCCCCGCCCCAAAGAACAAUUCUGUGUCCCCAAGCCUCCAUUUGCCUUCUUUUUGUUCUUCCCAAGGAACGCGACUUAUUUUAUUUCCCCCCCAGUUUUAAAUCCAACCCUGUAGAAAGGGAGCAAGAGACAAGGAUGGCGUCAUGUAUUUAAAACUAAUAGAUCAUGUAUUGCUUUCAAAGAUUAAAGUGCGAUAUAUUUGAUGUAUUAAAAAAAAAAACACGACAAGAUUUUUACUUUUCUUUGGAGAUCACCUUCUGGGGACUGUUGCGAAAGUACCUAAUAAGUGUGGGUUGAAGGGAUUUAAAAUGCCUGGAUUAAAAUGCCAUAAUUUUAAUCAUCAUCGUGGUCAUUAUACUAUAAAGUUUUGUUAGUACCCA